AUGCCCAACCAAUCCAACCAAGACCCUUAUGCCGCAAUGGCCGAUACCACUACGCGCCAGACGCGAAGUCAGACACAGAAGAACAGGCUGCAGAAUAACCCCGAUUCUGCUGCUGCAGACAAGCCCAAACCUUCCGUUAACGACUUUAUAGCUAAGGGGCCGCAGAUUCCAGAGGACCUGCCACCCAAGGUGUCUAGGGAGGAGAUCGAUGCUCAGAUGAAGGAACUUAAUAAUAAGUGA